AUGAUCAGUCUGGAAUUUUCUAACCACAUCAAAACCUUCGAUUUCAAAAGUAAUCGAAGCCAAGUGCAACGCGAAGCGAUCGAAGCUGUGAUCGCGGGACAGUCGUUGUCUUCCCUGUUUGAACGUCAAGGGCUAAACUUCGAGGAACGUAAACAACUUGUGAAGACAAAACUUGGGUAUCCCCACAGGGGGGAAGAAUGCACUCUCUUCCUGCUGGCUGUUAUUUGUGGACACGUGGAAAUCGUAAGAAAUAUGGUCGAAGAACGGCUGGUCGACAUUGAACAACAAAAAACCGUCUUAGUUGGCGUCCAUGCGGAGAAAAAUGAAGUUCCGUACGGCUUUGGUUAUGAGGUCGGUGAAGGAGUGACAGCCCUGUGGUGUGCUGCUGCAUGGUGCAAACUUGAUCUAGUGAAGUUGUUGGUAUCCUAUGGUGCAAAUGUCAAUCACAAGUCCAAGGGUGGAUCUAGUCCACUAUUCAUGGCAUGUCAGUAUUUCCAUUCUGACAGAUCACGACAUGUGCUUCUUGGUAAACCUGAUGUACCCAUCCAACUGGAACUUGUCAAGUACCUUGUGGAAAAUGGGGCUGAUGUCAGGGAUUGUGGUCGAAGCGGCGAUACCCCUCUCAUAGCAGCAGCUUUGUCUGGAUAUAAAGACCCAUCACUGAUGGCAUUCUUGCUGGAAAAAGGUGCAGACCCCAAUAUUAAGAAUACUCAUGGUUCUACAGCUCUACACUUGGCUGCAGAGAGAGGAUGUUUGGAAACAGUCAAGCUGUUGAUCCAGCAUGGGGCUGAACAAGAGGUUGUUGAUGGAGAAGGGCUUACCCCACUGCAGAGAGCCUGCUGUGGAUGCUAUGAUGAGGUUGUUGAUUAUCUCAUUUCGCUUCCUAAUUGCAGCAGGGAGGCCAGGAUUGAUGCACUGGACCUGCUUGCUGCCUCCCAUGCAACAAGUAUUGACACAGAGACUAUAGAGUAUCCCAGUGAAGGAGAUGAUGAGUAUGAUGAUGAUACUGAUAACGCAUCUAUACAGCACGGAUACCAACUCAUGCUGAAAGCAAUGAAGGAGCGCAACUCUCCUUCUAGCAUCGCUAAGUCAGGGGUGAAAUCCCCUUUAGCUGUGUAUAACAGUCAAACAGAAAGCCAAACCAUUGAAGAACUUGAGGCUCUGAGCUCCAACAAUGAAGCCAUUCAGAUAGAAGGUUUCAUCAUCAGGGACAGAGUGCUUGGUGCCUUUCCAUCAACUGAAAUAAUACAACCCCUUGUGAACAAAGCUGUGGUUUUAGCCCACAAAGGUAACCUGAAGCAGGCUAAUUGCUUCUACUCCCGAGCUUUAUCUUUUAAACUGGUGUCUUCACCCCAAAGUAGAGAGCUGUUCAGGCUAUUCCUUGAUCAUGCAGCUGGUAUGAUUGAAAACCAAACAGAGUUGAAGAUUGAUGACAUUGAGCCGGCAUAUCAGUUUCUAGUUGCUUGGCUCACCAAUGUUGUACGAAGAAAAGAAGAGCAGCGAGGAUCCCAUUUUGAGGUUCAGGAAUCUCAAUGGGCCUUUGACCAUGACAUGCUGCAAGCCUUUUAUUUCAUUUGUAUCCUGAGUAACAUUGAAAUUCACAGUGAUGAUGACAACCAAAGGAGGUCAGCCAUGAUUAAAGCAAUACUAGAUCUAAAGUUGUAUAACUCCCAGGGUGCAGACAUGUUUCAUCUUGCAAUCUGGGAAACAAUCAUUGAAGUUCACAACAAAGUCUCCUUGAAAGAAAUAUUCCAUGUGCCUAACAUGAAAGUUAUGGAGACCUUGCUGCAGUGUGGUGCAGAUAUACAUUCCAAAGACAAGGCUGGAAACACACCCCUCCACAUUCUUGCUACAGUUGACCCAAAACUGGCCAUUGUUCCAAACGACUUCAAAGAAAAUGGAGGACAAAAGUAUGUCAAAUGGUUUCUUCAAAACGGUGCGGAAGCAGAUGCACAAAACACAGCUGGAGAAAGACCAGUUGACUUGGCAGUGGCUGAAAACAUUAAAGAAUUUUUACAGUAA